AUGCUAGAUUCGGGAUUUAAUGUGAAGCUUGGAGAUUUCGGGUUAGCACGACUUAUGGACCAUGAGUUAGGUCCACAGACAACUGGUAAUUUAGCAGGAACUUUAGGAUACAUGGCGCCUGAGUAUGUAAGAACCGGUAAAGCUAGCAAGGAAUCGGAUGUUUAUAGUUUUGGGGUGGUUGCAAUGGAAAUCUGUUGUGGAAGGAAAGCUAGGGAUUGUAUUGAUGGGGAUUCUGAAAUGGGAUUGGUGGAUUGGGUUUGGUGUUUGCAUGGAAAAGGGGAGAUUCUUUCGGGAGUUGAUGAGAGGUUGAAUGGAGAUUUUGAUGAAGAACAAGGUAAGUGCUUGAUGAUGGUUGGAUUAUGGUGUGUGCUCCCUGAUCGAAGUCUGAGGCCAUCUAUAAGACAAGCGAUUCAAGUUCUUAACUUUGAGGCUCCUAUUCCCAAUAUUUCAGUGAAUAUGCGUGGUUCUUGGAUACCAUGCAUCAGCUACUCCUACAAGCACUUCUGGAGAUCCAUUCUUAACUUCUUCAAGUAUCAAUAUAGGUCGUUAAACUACAUGCUGUUUCAAGUUGAGGAUUUUUGUUUCUAUAUAUUUCCUUUAAAUAAGUACAUAUUACUUCUUCUUUUAGAUAAGAUUCUUUCAGACUGA